AUGCUCUAUGGGUAAUAGUAUAGUAAACAGAAGCACGUUGAAGAUGGACAGAAAAGAAGAUUACCGUACGGAUAUUUUAGGGAACUUUAAGACGUCUUUUUUCGCCAUGAAUCGUCUGGUUUCAUUUCCCUGGACAGUGAGUAUGACUAAUUUUAAAAAAGUUUAAAUCUGUCUUUGUUACACAGCUCCUGGUGGUAACAUCACACCAAACCCCUUUCAAAUGAGUAUUAAUCUGUCAUUUCGAGUCUUCUUAUAGAAUGUACAGAUAGUCAGAGAGCAAGUGAUACUACCUUCUCAGUUUUGGGACUUUUAUGCAUCAAUCGGCUUAAAUAUUAUCCACUUGCUCUUCUGUAUUGAGAUUAAUAAGUUUGAGACCUGUUUGUCAUUCUCUUUUUCAGUUUUUAGAAAAGGACCUCGAAAAAAACACAUCAUCAGAUUUGAUUUUAGAUAUCCUAAAACAGGUAAGAGGACCUGUCCAUACACCUUUUAUUGUGUUGUAUACGUUUAACAAUUGAGUUUUGAUCAAAUCAACAUCAAUGUAUUUUCCUGUCUUCAACAGACGUGUCUACACCCUUUGUGUCAGAAGUUCCCUCCAUCUACCAGAUUCAGGAGGUUGUUUCUCUCUGAGCUCAUCAAACGGGUCAGUGAUCUCCCUUCCUGGGUUCAUAAGGCAGUUGUAGAGUUAUAACUUAUGUUGGAAGUGUUUCCUGGUUUUAAAUGAAGGAGUUUAAUAAGAAUGAAGGAAGAAGAGAAGUCUGAGAACCAUCAUGGUUAAAGAGAUUUAUCAUCAGUUCUUGCAGAAAAUCAAGUGACAAUCUUUCUUUUCUUAAGGUUUCAUAACUCAAACUGUGACCACUAAAGUUAGAUCUUUCCCUGAGUUAUAUUUUCUCUCCUGUCAUUUCUCUGAGCAGCAGGAGGCCGCAGGCUGUGAUCCUCUGGACGAGCUGUAUGACGCUCUGUCUAAGGUGGUGGGCACUGAAGAGACAACAGAGUGUUACAAGAGCUACAUACUGGUAUAAAACACUCACCUUUCACUGUAAUACAACCUAACUCUAUGCAGUGUUGGUUUUAGGUCUUUUAAAACUCCUGCAGGAUUUAACACCACAGCUAACAAAAAGCUUUAACUUGUUUUCAUAUUAAAAAAAAGACAUAACACCAGAUUUCAACCAUGUCCAUCCUGAUACCUUGAUGUAAGUGUCGUUUUACUCAUGCAGCCUGGCGGUGAUGCUGUCAGCCUCUUGGAAAAUGUAGCUUUCAUCUCAGAGGGAACCACCGGACUGGUGACCUGGGAAGCUGCUCUUUACCUGGCAGAGUGGGCUCUGGAUCACCAGCAUGUCUUCACUGGCAGGUAUCUAACCCUGAAACAGUCCUGUAACUUAGGAGACGAGCAUCUGUAGUUUUUAGGACUCCAUCUUUUAGCAGGCAUCGAGACAAGAGCGAUCAGAUUUCAAAACAACACAAAUCAAGAGCCGCCUGUCUCCUAAACACUGUGGAUUUUACACAUUAGACAAUUUGUAGGUUUAAUCAUGUGGCUGUAACAUAAUGUUUUACUCACCUGUGCAUUUUCUUCAUAAGCUAUUGUUAUGAUAUAUUAGUUUUUAUUUGUUUUCUCACUAAAACAAAGUCCCAAUUGACUGCGCUGAAAUGGCAAUGCUGUAUCAAAUCUUGAACCUCUCUUCUUCUGGGCGUGUUUCAAGGACAGUUCUGGAGCUCGGCAGCGGUGUUGGUUUGACUGGUAUCACCAUCUGUAGAUCCUGCAGCCCGAGCAGAUUCAUCUUCAGUGACUGUCACCCAAGCGUGCUGCAGAAACUGCGAAAAAAUGUAGAGCUGAACGGUCUGAUGGAGCAAACAGCUCCUGUGGUCAGUGUGGAGGAGCUUGACUGGAUGGCGGUGACAGAAGAGGAGAUAAAACAGCUCAGGGCUGACGUCGUCAUCGCUGCAGGUUGGUGGUCAGAAUUCAAGUUGAGGUUUAUCAUCCUGAAACAAAUGUGAUUUACAGCUAGCACUAAAACACAGGAAACAAAAAAGAAAAAAAUUGAAUUCACUCACUGAAAAAUGAUUGAACACUGCUCCUCCUGGUUCAGAUGUGGUGUACGACCCUGAUGUUGUGGAGGCGCUGGUGAAGCUGCUCUCAAAAAUCCUCAGGUGUUCAGUUCUCCAUGAGGUCCUCAUCUGUUCCACCAUCAGAAACCCGAAGACGUACAGCAGCUUCAAGCAGCAGCUAGGUGAGAAUUUUUUAGAUAUUCGAGUCUGACUGCAUAAAAAUCAGGGAGAAAAACUUGUUCAUAUCCAGCUUUAUUGAGGAUUCUUGAUAUUUUAGACUCAUGAUCUUAAUUAUGGUGUACAAAGGUGAAAAAAAACCUCUUUCAUAACAUAUUUUUACUUUUUUGAGAGUGAAGGGUUUUAUUCAGAUGUUUUCAGCUCGUAGUGACUUGCUUUCAUUGCUUUUGUCUCUGCAGAAGCUGCAAGAAUCAGCCAUCGUGUGAUCACAGAGCCCAUCCGCCAUGUUUUUCCUUAUAAUAGAGAUUCCGAUAUUGAACUGAUUCAGCUGCACAUGUGACACAGAUUUAACAUAAUAAAGAUUUUAUUUACAAAUGUACACAGUAAAAAAUGUCAUUUUUUACACUGAAGUGAUGUGAAGCAGGAAUGAAGAGGCAGAGAGUUCGUCUCUCUGGAGGUUGACUGCAGGGUUUCGUUUUUUACAUCUUUGAAACAGCCAGAAAUUCAACUUAAGAUUUUUUACCCUCUGAAAAAUCUACAUACUUUUAUUAUCAUCAUUCUUCUUCCUGAACCCAAAGAGACUAUUAACUUCAUACGACAAAAUACUGAUUAAACUGAUGUCCCUAAUUUCUGUUGCUCAUUCUUACUCUUUUUCUCAGCGUUUUUCGGUUCUAGCUGGUUUGUCUGAAAUCAGAGUAAUCCUGAAAACAUUGAUGGUAAAAAACUAAAAAUUCCCAGUUCUUUUGGUCUUCAAAAAAAAUCUUAUUUCUAGUUCCUAAUCUGGUGUUUAUCAGGGUGCUUUAAGUAGAGGGAGGACAUUCUGGUCCCAGUUGUCGUCCCAGCGCUGCCCUCUGCUGGUGUGAAGGUUUCUCCUAUAAGUGCCCAGUCUGCCAUCUGAACUGGGAAAGUCUGACAGAAGAGACUGAAACAAAACAAGACACAAAAAAAUCAGUUAAUAAAAACAAGAAAAAGCAGUGAUAGAGAGAUUCAGCAUCUUAUCCACUUCUACACUUCGCUGUUGAUCAAUCAAAAGCUAUGUGCAGUGAAGUCGGCUGAAACAUGUGUGUGUAGUCAUGAUGAUCACAUCAUAAAUGAGUAUCGAGGUGUCUUUUGUAGGGACUGUAUCUGCAAGAUUUAUCUGAAUAUCACAGAUUUUCCUCUUUUUUACAACAAUUUACAGUCUGACAUUUGAACUGUCAGACCAGGCUCAUCACUUGCAGUCAUGUGGGGGAAACCGUGUAUGAACUGAGUAUAUACAUUUGCCUACCUGAGAGUUUUGCAGUUUUCCAAAUAAUUAUUCAGAGUAUUUUGACUUUUAGCUUCAUGAAGCAACAAUCAAGUUCAUGAAUAAAUGAUGUGACAGAAAGGGAAUGCACAAAUAGCCUGUUUUGUUCCAUUAGAGGUGAAACCGAUCAACAGUAUACUAAAACUAUUAAAUGUUGACCAAAUGGUCUGUGUGUUGUUCAAACUCCCUAAAGAUUAUCCUGCAGCCUGCUUGAUAAGUUUAAUUAGAUGCGUCUUUUUGUGUCUGUGUUUUGGUGCUCAUAUUGUUCAGGUUUGUGCGUGCGUGUGUCUCACCUUCAGUUGCUC